GUCGACCGUGCAAUCCACCUCCUUCAUCUUCGGCAACGUAAAACCGCACGUCAGCGAUAGCCGUCAACAAAUGAUGUUCUGUUUUUGCGGUCGUCCCACUUCUAGGUUUUACGGGCUGUUUAUCCCUUUUUCAACUGAUUGACCGUUAUUUUUCAAUCAGGAUGUUCUGAUUAACAGUGGGAGUCGAUUGUAAUGAUUAUAAAAUUAAAGUCACUUUUUUUAGAAAAAAAAAAUUUUACAUUCGGAAACAAUUCUCGUAACCAUGGGGAUGAAACCGCUCGCGCGACUGUGUCGCUAGCGCUAGUAAUGAUCGAGUUCUCCAGUGAUUUUUCACUUUUAUCUCCUCCGAUCCCCGAGAUUCAGCAAUUUUUUUAGUGUCUGAACGUGAAAUUCAGGAGUGCAUCCUCGAAAUUUGAAUUUUCCGUCAAUUUUUAGAGUUUAUAAACUUUUUAUUUUUAUUUUUUCGUGUGUUUUGUUUCGUGUGUACACGCUGCACGUCGCGAGUACUAUUAUUACUAUCUGCUAGCGCUACUGCGCAUAAAGUGGGACGCAUGAUGAAGAGUGACGCUAAUUGGAAACACUCGCCCGUCCACUCGUGUCAAUGGAAACACUCGCUAAAACAUAACCACGUGCCGUGUUUUGUUUACUCGUGGGUUUUGCAUCCUCACAAUUUCAUGAUUUCAUAAAUAAUUUAUUGAUUGAUGGAUUCUCCGGGAUAUUGGAUGAUUUAAUUAAUUGAGUCAAUUUAAUAAUCUAUUAUUUUUAAUAAUCUAUUAUUUAGUUGAUUGAGUUAAUUGGGGUAGGAAUCCGGGGGAAAUGGUUCGCGAGGGCUUUGAGCUCAUCGCACAAGGCGCUGAAGCGCGAAUUUACAAGGGCUCUUACUUGGGGAGGGAAACACUUGUCAAAGAGAGGUUCAAGAAGACUUACAGACAUCCGGAUCUUGACGAGGCGUUGAGCAAGGAGCGGGUGAAGAAUGAGAGUCGAGCUAUCGUUCGAGCUAAAAUAGCAGGAGUUUCCACUCCCACAAUCUUCUACGUAGACCUAGAAGAGCGCUCCAUCUACAUGGAGUACAUAAAUAACGCGAUACCCCUGAAACUCCACAUAGACACGAAGAUUGAAAACAAAAUUGAUGAGAAAAUCUGGAUGAAUGGCCUCGGCGAGUCUCUGGGAGUAUUGAUAGCCAAACUCCACUCGAAGCAUCUCAUCCACGGUGAUCUGACCACAUCCAACAUUCUCGUGAAAAAUGAACUGAUUGAGGGGGAGGUGACGCGAAACGAUGCCUUCAUUUUCAUCGACUUUGGCCUAGCGAGAAUUGAUUCGACCGCUGAAGACAAGGCUGUGGAUUUAUACGUUCUUGAACGCUCGUUAUUGAGUUCUCAUUCGCAAGUGCCGGGAUUGUUCUCGGUAAUUAUGAAUAGUUAUCAGGGACAUGUGGACGAUAAACAGAGGAGGGAAAUUGUCGCCAAGUAUGAGGAUGUGAGGGCUCGAGGGAGAAAACGACUCAUGAUUGGAUGAACUGUUUGUUGUGCUUUCAUUUUGUAAUGAAAAAUGUACUAUAAGUGAAAUGUUUGGAUGAACUAUUUGUUGCCCUUUCAUUUUGUAAUAAAAAAUGUGUUAUAAAUCAA